AUGGCUUCACCAUCUUCUUCUGAUCCCGUCAAUUCUACUACCCCUACCUCGACCCCUGAACAAAGUGACCAUUCCCAAGCCCAACCGGAACAAGCAGUAUUUACCCCCACAGCAACUGCAACAGCUCCAUCCUACUCUCCUAUCCUGGCCACAGCCCAACCAGACAACAAUAUGACUACUUCCCAAACACACGCAAAUCUGCCAACUAGCCCCAGCCCGACGACCACUACUGCAUUAGACGAAACCCCGGCUAUUUCUACCGCGACGUCAGGCUCUCCUCCACCUCCGCAGCCAGGCGCUGUUCCUGGUCUGACCACAGUAGCAGCUGCAGAGGAAGAAUUGCAGGAGCCACCGGCUCCAGCACCGGCUCCAGCACCAAAGACGGUUGAUGUACCUGCAUCGACUUUGAAUGCACCGGCGGUGACGGAAGUAGCACACCCUCCGACCACAACAAACCCAAUUCCCAUCCCCCCUUUGGCUUCUGGAGACACUGUUGGCGUAGCUCCCGCGACGGCGCCUGCGACUGCGGCCACAUCUACAACCAUAAAUUCAGGAGCAGGGGCAGGGGCAGGGACAGGGACAGGGACAGGUACACGCGCGGGCUACGGCUAUAGUUACAGCUACUCUCCUUCUUCAGUGCACCACCGCAGUCACAGUCAGACCCAAAGCCAGGCUCAGGCUCACCUGCAACAACCGCAAUACCCAAAUUCAACAACUACUCCAUACGCCUCUGUUUACCAAGCGCCUGUUCAUGCUGCUCCUGAUGCUACAACAGCCACGGCAACAGGAUUGGGAACUGGAACGCAUCUCCCGCUUCCCAAUAGCACGCCUUCUUAUAACUAUAACUCGAGCUACGGUUAUAAUAAUGAUUAUGGUGAGAGCAGCAGCAGUGGUAUAGCUGCAGAUGAAGACCAGGGAUUCUGGGGGAGCGCGAAAUCGUGGCUUCAGGCUGCAGGGAAUAAACUUGCGGAAGUUGAGGCAGAGGUUUGGAGGAGAAUUAAUGAAGCCCAUGACAAGUAG